AUGGAUUUAUGGGUAGUAGCAGUAGCUGCUGGUGCGGGAUAUGCAGUCAAAGCUAAUUACUUUAAGAACUCUUCAAGAAGGUUAAAAGAAAGCGCAUUGGAAUCAUUUUCUUUAGAUUAUUUUCACAGCCAAUCCCAGUCCUGGAAUUUGCUGCAACGAAUACGGGAGCAAACUUGCCCUUGUUGCAGAUUAGGUGUCUGCAAGCAUUCAGAAACAGAUGGAUCAUUCGGUAGAGAUUUUAUUGGAGUUCCGAGUAAUAGUGCUACUAAAUGCGAAGUACAGUUACAGAGUCAUCGGCCUUGUGGGAUGGGUUACUUUUUUGAUCUAUCUAGUGAAUUGUUGCCUGAUUCUGUCAUAGGAGAAGUUAGUUCCCUUCGAAGAUUUACGGCGGACAGGCAACUUGGGAGUAGGUCUAGAGGGUAUAUCAAUAAAUCCCUUGAUUCUUCAGAUAGUAUCCUCACUCCUGAAUUGUAUGGAGGACACCCUGGAUUUGAAGAAUACUAUUCACCGUCUUCAUCCACAGAAAUGGCACGGCCAUUGACAAUUGGAAGCUGGAUAAUCGGAGGUAGCCAUGAUUUUGGACAAGAGAUGCAGGUAGAAAAAGAAAAGGGAGCAUUGAUGCUUACGAGAAAACAGAUACAGAAUUUUGAUAUGGGACCGUCAAGGGGAUUGAGCAAGUCAAGGAGAAGGGUAUCUGGUGGACUGUUUUAUCCACAAGGAACUUCUGAUGAAAUGCUUCCUUUCUUCCUUGGUAUAACUGUUGGAAUAAUGUCUAACGUUGCCGCUAAUAAAAGAGAAGUGGACUACUUAAACGAAUUGUUGAAGCAGAAUGAGAACUUAGUCCAAGAUUUACAUGAGGAACUUAAAAUGAAAGAUCUGCUAACAGUGAAGGAACUUGCAAGCGAGGAUUCUGACCCCCAGGAAACCACUGAAAAGCAAAGCAGCAGCGCAUCAAGUGAAGUUUCGACGAAAAAAGAAUUGGACAAGUCUAUAAAAUUUGAUGGCAGAGAGCCAGAUGAUGAGAAGGCAGAGAACUCUGAGGCAAUGAGUAAAAUUGAGGCAGAGCUUGAAGCUGAACUAGAGAGGUUGGAGCUAAACAUGAAAUCAUCUAGUUUAGAGAGAAUGCUCGAUUUAGUUGAGAUGAAUCCGAACUUCGAGCUUGAUGUUGAGGGAGACCUGGGCCCAAACGAGGGCUAUAAGAAACCUGACCAUUUAUCCGAUUCAGACGAUGACCCAAGUCGAAUUUCUACUGAUCCCACUGAAACAGCAAACUAUGCCGUAUCAUCUAAGGAGCUCAGCUUGCGUCUUCAUGAGAUAAUUCAAUCAAGGCUGGUAGUACGCAUCAUGGAACUCGAGUAUGCACUGGAAAAUAGUCAGAAGAGGUUGCAUGUCUUGGAUGAAGUAGAAUCGUCAUCUAUCCAGCAAUUUGCUACAUCAGGUAAAGCUGAUGAAGAACGCGAGCCUGCAUUUGAUGAGGUACAUGAAGUUUUGCCUGACGCUAAAACCUAUAAUGUAACAAGAGUACAGGCCUUAGUACAUUAUCCCAACCAGGCUCAGUGUGCUUUCCCUUGGCCAGAUGUUGGCAUUUAUAAGGCAGCUACGCAAGUGAUGCCUAACCGCCAGAAGAUGGGAUCCUUAUAUCACAUUGAUAAGGACCUCCGAAACUAUGGACUUCAGCAAGAUUUUACUCAUACCUAA